UAGACCGAUGGCCUAACCACGACGCCACCAAGGACGGUCUCUAAAAGUGUAGGUUGCUGGGUUAGCUUUUUUCUUCAAGUUUACAACUCCGGAACAUUUCGGACAAGAUUUUCAAGUCUGAAGUUGUUGAAAUGGUAAUUACGAGAACACUCGAACCAGCAUAAAGUUAAAGUUUGUUUUGUUUAACAACACCACUAGAGCACAUUGAUUUAUUAAUCAUCGUCUACUGGAUGUCAAACACAGGCUUGCGCAAAUUAAAAAUUUGCAUAACCUGAAAAGGGGUUAUGUCAAAAGAUUUUGCAUAACCUAUUUUGGUUUGCGUAACCUGUUUUUUUUCUUUAUAAUUAAAAAAAAAAAUAUAUAUAUAUACUUAAUUUUGAGAAACAAGAGAGUGGCAAUGGUAAGUGAAAAGUAUAUGUAUACAAAUGUUUAAGAGAUUUAAAAAUAAUAAUAAUGAUUAGAACUAUUGUAAUAAUUUACCAAAACAAUGAACAUGUAUAGUGAAUGUCAGGCUUGACCUAUUAUAUAAAACAUCAUCAUGUGUGCAUAACUACGUGCGAAUAAAUAAGAAGUCAUUUACAAGGCAAUUGCUUACCAUUAAUUUUAUAAUAUUUACUUUUAUGUUUGAAAUGUGGUAAUUUUGACAUACAGUCUUAGAAAGGAAACCCGCUACAUUUCCUAGAAGCUGUUCUCGUGAUUAUUACAGUUUAUUACAGAUAUAACACAUGGUAUCAGGCAGCUGAAAGUUACAGUUUGGCACCAUCAACAAGUUGGCAUUCCCAGCAUGAACACCAAACAAAACAAAAUGGAAGAAUUCAUGGCAUCCUUUGAGACCCCAACAGUAAUUGAAACAGAUUCUAAGGCAACCACAACAAAGAAACAGCUGAAGCAGACCACCACGACAACACCCUUGCCAUCUGGGAUAAAGACACGCUUAACAACGCUGAAUGAAAUGGCCAAAGAUAUUGGGCGGCAGGAGGAAGAAUCCCGCCAUAUAACGAAUCUGGUCACCCUGGCUGAUCUUCUCAAGGAUCUUACCCACUCUGUGGCCCAUACGUCUGCCUUGGACAGACAAACUUCCUCAGCUCAUCAAAACGAUUCUGACAGCUUCAGCCGUACUAACCAGCGUGAGUCCGUUUCUGGAAUAAACAUCACCCAAGGUGAAUCGGGUUGCAUUAUACCCAUCCACAAGGUUCCAGCAAAUAGACAUUUACAAACCUCAGACAUUCAGUCAGAUGAUAUACCCAUCCACCAUGUUCAGGGCAGGCGAAAUUUAAGAUCCUCAGAUAUUCAGUCCGAUGAUAUCGUACCCAUCCACCAUGUUCAGGGCAGACGAAAUUUAAGAUCCUCAGAUAUUCACUCAAACCGUCCUGGACCCAAUCAGUAUAUUGAGACACCUAUGUUUUACUAUCCUCGGCUAUUCCGUCUAGACCCUCCCUGGAUAUUCAUUCAGAUAAUAUACCAAUCGACCAUGCUCAGUCAAAACGUAUUGGACCCACCCAGAAUAUGUUGUCAAAUAUUAUGAAGUUAUUACACCCAGUUCAGUCAGAGUACAUUAGGCCCACAUGCAAUAUUCAAUCAAAUAGUACAACCAUGUCCAGUGUAUCGGCGUGUCCGGUGUAUCAGCGCGUCCGGUGAUUCGGCGCACUUGGUAUUUUGCUUAAGUAUGCUUAGGAAGUUGUCAUGUUGUCAGUGUUUUUAAUGAAUUAAAGUUUAAUUCCUUUUCCAAUGGUUAAUCAAGU